AUGACUGCAUCUAUUAAAGGGCAAAUUGAAAUUGUUAAAUAUCUUUGUUCAAUCGAUGCAAAUAAAGAAGCAAAAAAUAAAAACGAGUUCACACCAUUAAUUUUUGCUGCUAGCGAAGGACAUCUAGAAGUAGUCAAGUAUCUUAUCUCUGUUGGAGCUAAUAAAGAAGCAAAGACAGAUUAUGGCAACACUCCGCUUAUUUGGGCUUCUCAGAAAAAUCAACUUGAAAUUGUCAAAUAUUUGGUUACUAUUGGUUCUGAUAAAGAAGCGAAAACUCAAAAUGGAUAUACACCGUUAAUAGUCGCUUCUGAAAAAGGAAAUCUUGAAAUUGUGAAAUACCUUAUUUCUGUUGGAGCUGAUAAAGAAGCAAAAGAAAGCAAUAAUUGUACUCCUUUGAUUGUGGCCUCCAAACAAAAUCAUCCAGAAGUAGUAACUUAUCUUAUCUCUUCUGGGGUAAAUAUUGAAGCAAAAGAUAAAAUGGAAUGCACAGCUCUUAUUCACGCAUCGGAAAAAGGUCAUCUUGAAGUUGUAAAAUGCCUUGUUUCUGCAGGAGCAAAUAAAGAUGCGAGAAAUAACUCGGAUAAAGCCACUCCACUUAUUAUAGCGUCAAAGAAAGGAUAUUUCGAAAUUGUUAAAUAUCUGAUAACUGCUGGAUCAGAAAUUGAUGCAAUCGGUAGUCAUUAUAAAAAUGCUUUAUUAUUUGCAUCAGAAAAUGGUCAUCUUGAAAUUGUUCAAUAUCUCGUCUCAAAUGGAGCAAACAUAGAAUCAAAAGAUAAUUGUAAAAAUUCCCCGCUUAUCAUGGCAUCAGAAAAUGGACAUCUUGAAGUUGUUAAAUAUCUUAUAUCAGUUGGAGCUAAAAAAGAAGAAAAAAGCAUAUAUGGUAUAGAUCAUACACCAUUACAAAUUUCUUCUAAACGUGGUUAUCUUGAUUUGGUUAAAUAUCUUAUUUCGAUUGGCUGUAAUAUAGAAGCGAUGGAUAGAAAUGGAAAAACUGCACUUAUUUUUGCAUCGGAAAAUGGAAAACUCGAAGUAGUAAAGUAUCUUAUUUCUGCUGGUGCAAAACUAGAAGCUAAAAGCAAUGAUGGAAGCACAGCUCUCAUUUGUGCGACAAUGAAUAACAAAUUCGAAGUUAUAAAAUAUCUUAUCUCAGUUGGUGCUAAUAAAGAUGCAAAGAGUGACAUUGGUCAUAUCCCUCUUAUUGAUGCAGCAUGGAACGGGCAGAUUGAAAUCGUCAAAUAUCUUGUCUCUGUAGGAGCAAACAUCGAAGUUGAGAAUAAUAAUGGAUAUACACCACUCAUUUGUGCAGCAUGGAAUAGUCAUUUUGACAUUGUUAAAUAUCUCAUCUCGAUUGGUGCAAAUAAGAAUGUUAAAGAUUGUGAUGGUAAAACGAUUCUUAUCUUAUCAUCAACCGGAGGCCAUCUUCAAGUUGUUGAAUAUCUAAUAUCAAUUGGAGUUGAUAAAGAAGAGAAAGAUAACAAUGGAUUAACAUCUGUUAUGUGGUCAUCGUCUGGAGGUCAUCUUCAUGUUGUUAAAUAUCUUAUAUCAAUUGGCGCAAACAUUAAUGCAAAGAGUUAUUUUGGACAUACUGCUCUUAUGUUAGCAUCAAUGAACGGACAACUUGAAAUGGUUAAAUAUCUUAUUUCUAUUGGUUUAGAGAAAGAAGUUAAAGACAAUGAAGGCAAGACAUCACUCAUUUAUGCAUCAGAAAACGGAAAAGUUGAUGUUGUGAAAUAUCUUAUUUCAAUUGGAUCCAACAAAGACGAAAAAGAUCUUAAUGGAAAAACACCACUCAUUUAUGCAUCAUCUAAUGGUCAUGACGAAACUGUUAAAUAUCUUAUCUCAAUUGGAGCUAAUCCACAUGAAAGAGAUCAUUUUGGAAAGACUUAUCAAGAUUAUGCUAAAACUACAUCCAGAGGACUUACAGGAUUAGGAGGGCUGUCCUUAAGAUUGAACAGUAACAAAUAUUAA